AUGAUAAGAAGGACGUUACUGUUACAGCAGUUGAUAAUAUCAGUGGUUCUGCUUCGUCUUCAUGCUCAACAUGAAGAUAAUUCAUCUGGACAAAAUGGAUCCAGAAAAGAUACUGGCAUAUCGACAUUAGAAAGUAGUCUGACACUAUCCAGAAAUUCUGCAAUAUGGCCUACAUUGAUGCAAAGUACGGUGAAUGAUGCACCAAUAAUAGCAGCAGCGGAAGCAAAAAAUAUUCUUCGAACUUAUUCCAUUGCUAAGCAGCCAACUCCUUUGAGUAAAUUAUCAUCCCAGAACCAUUCUACAGAGUUUUCGGCUCAACCAAAUUCAAAACCUGAACCUGAACAAGAAAUCGUCUCAUCGUCAAGUUUUCAUCCCACUAUUUCUAAAUCAGGAUUUCAUCAUCAACCAAUACUAACUACCACUGCCAAAUUUGCUAAACCAUUUGCUGAUGGUUCUUCACAUUUGGCUAUGCAUUCAGCCCAAGUUCCACAACUUACAGUUCAUGGUGAAGAUCCCCAACCACUUCCAGAACCGAAUGCAGUUAAAGUAAGCGGCGCUAGCCUUAUGCCAUCAUACCAAAACAAUGCAUUCGAGGAUGAUACUGAACAAUUUGACGACGAAGAUGAUAGUAGUGCGGAUUCUUCGAGACCAGGUGCUAUUGAUAAUGAAGCUAUCGAGGAACUUGUUAACCGCUUCUUGAAUGGUGAUGAUACGGAAGAUGGAAAAGAAGAGAAACUCAAUAAAGAAGCUCUGAAACUGAUCAAUUCGAGUAAAUACUGGGAUUUGAACAAUUUACAGCCUGAAAAUUCGAUACGAGAUAGUAAGAAAGCUCAAGAAUGGAUGAAUGGGUAUGCUGUUGAGGCACAAAAAGUAUUGCGUGAAGUAGCUUUAGCCGGAUGGAAUUAUGUCACAUCAGUAUCGCAUCUUACUAAACAACUUCUUGAUGAAGCUGAAGAGACGUUAGGAAAAUUUGUGAAAAGCACCUCGAAGCAAGCGAAGCAGUUUGAUACUAAAGCAAUUGAGGAUGAAUCGCUGAAACGACAAUUUGAGCUUCUUUUGGUAGAAGGCAUCAAUGUCUUGGAUGAAAAUGAUUUCAAUGAAUACAAUGAACUUCAAAAGCUGAUAGCAAAAGCGUAUGCUGAAACUUCAGUUUGUGAAACGAGCAAUGCAACGAUAUGUCCUUACAGAGUUUCCGAUAUUGUAUCAAUUAUUGCCCAUGAGAAUGACGGCCCUAAAGCAUUUCGUUUUUGGAUCGCAUUGCGUGAAGCAUUAGGACCGAAACUGGUUACCUCUUACAAACGUCUCAUCGAAUUGAUUAAUAAAGGAGCUAAAUUGAAUGGUUUUCCGGAUGGUGGAGCGAUGUGGCGUAGCCCUUACGAACGGUUUGCAUCGCGUCGUGAAAAAACAGAACAAAGUGACACCGUUGCUCUUUUGCAGAAGUUAUACCAGCAAAUUAAUCCAUUUUAUAAACAGUUGCACGCAUAUAUAAGACGUCAAAUACCCGCUCUGUAUGGCCUAGCAAACGUGUCUAAUCUAACACGAGAUGGUCCUAUCCCAGCACACUUGCUUAAGAGUAUUGCUAGUGACAACUGGGUCGCCUUCUAUCGGGAUACGAAACCCUACCAGGAUGAGGAUCAUCUUGCAAGGGAGGUUCAGGAAAACUUCCAAAAAUUAAACUAUACUGUGAAAAACAUGUUCAAACAGACUUAUAAAACUCUCAAGCAACUUGGAUUUGAUAAAUUACCGUCAAGUUUUUGGACGAAAUCGAUAUUUACGAGGACCUGGAGUAAAGAUAUGCUUUGUCAUCCACCUGCAGCUUACGAUAUGAGGGAUAAGCAUGAUUAUAGGAUAAAAGCAUGUGCACAUCUUAAUUUACCCGAUUUUGAAUUGACCCAUAAAUUGCUUGUUCACAUAUACCAUUAUUAUAUGUGUCGUGACCAACCUCUUCUGUUUCGUGAAGCAACAAAUCCAAGUCUUUUAACCGCUGUGACUAACGCUUUCGCAAUUAAUGCUCGAAAUAUAGAGUAUUUGAAAAUGAUGAAACUAAUCACAUCGGAAACUGGAUUUAGUCACUCAAAAAUUAUCAAUCGUUUGUAUUUGGAAGCACUUGAAGAUUUCGUCAAACUACCCUUCGACUUCGCGGUUGAUAUGUGGCGAUUUCAUAUAUUUGAUGGUACUUCAACAAAUGCUACCUGGAACUCUGAUUGGUGGCAACUAAGUGAAUUAUUCCAAGGGAUCAAAUCGCCAGUGGAACGAAAAUCAACUGAUUUCGACGCCAUUGCAUUUUCUACCAUUGCUCAAACGCACGCUCCAGCAAUGAAACACUUUUUCGCCUACAUAAUGCAAUUCCAAAUCCUCAAAGCUUUGUGUCCUGAUACGACAAAUUUGAGCAAUGGAUGUAUGUUAGAACGUAAUUCAGUUAUUGAUAAAAUUAAAAAAGUGAUGGCACUUGGUUCAUCAAUUACUUGGCGCGAAGCAUUGGAAAUUAUUACAGGUAGCAAAGAAGUUGAUGCAAGCGCUAUGCUGGAAUAUUAUCAACCUCUGAUAAGUUGGCUUGAGGAGCAAAACGCUAAGGAACAUGCGUAUAUUGGAUGGGAUGGAUUCGGAAAGCCAUUUGAGGAAUCCGAGGUACCAAAAGUUCGAGAAAGUACCACCAGUACGGACUCGUUAUCCGAAAUAUUGAGUGGAAGUCAAUUUGCAUUUCCGGGUGGUGACUGCUCAAAUGGUAAGGAAUGCUUGCUGGAUUCGGUAUGUCAAAAUGAUCUCUGCGAAUGCAAGGAGGGACUAUAUACUUUGAAGAUUGGCAAUACUUAUAACUGUGUUCCCGGGAAUCCUGCUGAUGCAGGUUUUGGAGAUGGACAUGGUGGUUUAGUCAUCGGUUUACAUUCAAUAGAUGACAACAGUAUAGUGGCUAUUCCAGAGCCUGAGGAGCAUGAAAAGCAGAUGAAAGCAGAACCAGAACCAGAACUUGCUAAUGAUAAGCCAGGUUUCUUGCCGGAACAAGAACUAAAAUCUAAAGGAACUUCUGCCAGUAUACCAACAUUAACCUUGGUAUUAUCACUUACUGUCUUGGUCGUACUGUUAUAG